GGAGGCUCCAAGGAGGGGGGGCUCAAGCGAAAAAACGCCGGGAAGGGCGUCAGGCCUCCGGAAGGAAAAAAAUUGAAGGGGGACGUUGAGCCGAAGGAUACCCCCGUGGUGAUCAUUGAUGACCCCCCAGCCGGCCAAUCGUCUGCCACUGCUCCCCCGGAGGAUCUUGUCGAGGGUGCCUGGCCCCUUGAAACAGUACACUUCCCCAUCAAGAAGGGGACAGCCAUCAUGCAUGGCACCCUCGACCCGAGGGAAUUCUUGAGGGGUGCCACCCCUUCGGUGGAUAGGUCCACCCUUAGCCGGUUCGGGGACGAAGCCCUCGAGCUCAAGGCCCUCCAGGCCUCGGCCACUGCUAGCUUGGCCUUCGGGGAACUUGUCCGCAGGGCGGAACAGCACCGCCUCGAGAAGGCGAAGUCUGACGAGGUGACGAGGAAGCUCAUUGCCAAUAACACUGAGGCCAUCAGGCAGCUCGCUAUGUUGGAGGAG